GCCAUCAAAAUUCUGCAGCGCCACUCCAUCGCACCGUCUCACGGCGGCGCCACCGCCGCCGAAUCCUUCCCGCUUCUAUAUUUCGACAUGGUAUGGCUUCACACCCCUCCAACCGAGAUUCUCAACUUCUACACUCUCAAAUCCUCCCAAUCUUAUUUCUUAAACACACUUGUCCAUGAACUCAAACACUCCCUCUCCAUCGCCCUCAAACAUUUCCUCCCCCUCGCAUCCACCAUCACCUUCCCCCUCACCUCCGCCGCCAUGCCCGUCUCCCGUUACACCGCCGGCGACUCCGUCUCCCUCGCGAUCGCCUCAUCCGACGCGGACUUCGCCAACCUCACGGCCAACCACUCCAAGGUUGCCGAUGAAUUCCACCAAUUCCUCCCGGAAAUGCCGCCGGAGGUUUUCCACUCCGACCGCAUCGAAUUCAAGGCCCUCGCUAUUCAGGUGACCUUGUUUCCGAACAAGGGAAUCUGCAUCGGCCUCAAACACCACCACGCCAUAUGCGACGCCACCACUCUCUUCGCCUUCCUCCGCGCAUGGGCCUCGAUCCACAAAUCCAACGCGGGUGGGGAAUAUUCCCUCCAAGAUUCCCUCCCUUUCUACGGCCGAGAUUCCGUCCAAGACGCAAAACAACUCACCAAAUCCUCAUGGAAUCUAAUCAAAACCAAAAAACCAAUUUUAUCCCAAACCAUUUCCUUCCCUCUAAACAAAGUCCGAGCAACAUUCAUCCUCACCACCGACCAAAUCAACAAACUCAAAAACUCAUCAUCGGGCCCCACCUCCACCUUCACCGCCGUCUCCGCCCAUCUCUGGACCUGCCUCGCCGCCUCCGCCGGGGAGUCCGUCCCCGACGACGAGCCCGAGCUCUUCGGCUCCCCAGUCGACUGCCGCGGCCGCCUCGAUCCGCCUCUCCCGGAGAAUUACUUCGGCAACUGCUUAAUAUUCUUCAUGGCGAGUUCCACCCACGGAGUGAUAAAAGGGCGCGGGGGAUUCGCGGCGGCCGUGGCGGCGAUUUCGGCGGCGAUCCGCGAGACUGUCGGAAACGAGAAGGGGAUUUUAGAUGGAUUCGAGAAUCAUUUGAAGGAUCUGUCGGAGUAUGAGGGGAAGAGGGUGGUUUUGAUAGCGGGAUCGACGCGGCUGGAUCCGUGCGCGGCGGAUUAUGGAUGGGGAAGAGCGGUGAAGUAUGAAUGUGUUCAUACGGAUUAUGAUGGAGCUGUGAAUCUUUGUAAGGGGAGAGAUGGAGGAGUUGAGAUCGCCAUGUCUAUGACCAACAUUAAAAUGGAUGCUUUUGCGCAUGUUUUUCACCACAAAUUGUACUCCAUUAGUAGCAACUUGUAAUGAUUUGUGGUAUUAUAUACAACUUUGAAGUUUGAACACUUUUACUUACUAAA